AUUGCUGGGGGGUCCCAGCUGCUGGGGUUCUCUGUGGGGUGGUGCUCACGCUGCACUUUGGGGGCCCCCCAGCCCCCCUGCAGCAGCAGCGAGGCCUCGGCGCGGGAGGAGGAAGAGGAGGAGGAAGAUGAGGACGAGGAAGACGAGGACGGGACCGGCUCGGAGGCCUCGGAGGACGCGGGGCCCCCCCGGCAGCUGAACGGGGAGGGCCGGGGGGGGCCCCCCCUGCGCCCCCCGGGGCAGCCGCCCCCCGAGCGGCCCCCCCAGCCCAAGGCCUGCGCCCCGGGGGAGGGGGGCUGCCAGCACAUGGCCCCCCUCAAAAAGGAGGGGGCCUUCGGGCAGCCCGACAGAGCAGUGUCCCCGGCGCUGGCGGGGGCCGAGCCCUCGGUGCCGCUGUCCCCGGGCAGGCCGGGCCCCCAGGCUGCCGAGGGGGCCCCGUUCAGCUGCACGCCCGGGCGCAAGGACAAGGCCGUGGACCCGGUGGAGUGGUCGGUGCGGGACGUGGUCGAGUACUUCACCGAGGCCGGCUUCCCCGAGCAGGCCGGGGCCUUCCAGGAGCAGGAGAUCGACGGCAAGUCGCUGCUGCUGAUGCAGAGGGCCGAUGUGCUCACGGGGCUCUCCAUCCGCCUGGGCCCCGCGCUCAAGAUCUACGAGUACCACGUGAAGCUGCUGCAGCGCAGCCACUUCCAGGACGAGGAGCCCCCCCCGGAGCCCUUCCCGGCCUGAGAGACCCCCCCGGACCCGCGGGGGACCCCCAGACCCGCGGGGACACCCCGGGAUGCGGGAGGGCUCCUCCCUCCCCCCGCUGCUGCACACAGAGACUUUGGGGGGUGGCUGUGGGGGUUCCACCCCUUUUUGGGGGGUCCCACCUCUCUUUGGGGGGUCCCACCUCUCUUUGGGGGGGUCCCACCUCUCUUUGAGGGGUCCCACCUCUCUUUGGGGGGGUCCCACCUCUCUUUGGGGGGGUCUCAUCCCUAUUCAGGGGGGUCUCGCCUCUCUUUAGGGUCCCACCUCUAAUUUUGGGGGGGGUCCUGCUCUCAUUUGAGGGGUCCCACCUCGCUUUGAGGGGGUCUCAUCUCUGUUUUGGGGGGGUCCCGUCUUUCUUUGGGGGUCCCACCCCUAUUUUGGGGCUCCCACCCCUCUUUAAGGGGUCUGUCUUUUGGGGGGGACACCCCUCUUUUGGGGGGGCUCACCCUUGAUUUGGGGGGCGUCUCCUUGGGGACCCCUCUUUCAGGGGGGUCACUUCUCUUUGGAGGGGUCCUCCCCUCUCUUUUUGGGGGGGUCACCCCUCUUUUGGGGGGAUCCCACACUCUGAGGGGGUCGCCCCUCUCUUUUGGGGGUCUCCUCUCUCUGGGGAGCCCUGGGAGUGGGGGCACCCCGCUCCUCGUGGGGUCACCCCAGUUUUGGGGGGCCCCCUGGGGGCGGGGUCACCCCUCCUUGAGGGAGCCCCCUUUUUAGGGGAUCCCCCUUUUCUUGGGGGGGUUUUUACCGCGGGGGGAGGGGGUUGGGGGGCUCUGCCCGGAGAUGUUUUAACCUUCCCCAGCCCGUGCCCCCCCCCAAAUUGGGGUGCGGCCCCCCCACCCCUUGGCCACGAGGGGGGAGCCCCCGAACCCCCCGCAGUCUGUGCCCCCCCCUUCCCCGGGCCUGCCUCGUUUUGGGUUUUUUUAAAUAAAAACGGAAAAUGAAAUAAAAUC